AUGAAAGGGCUCAAAGAUUUUCGUCGCUCUCUGAACAAGGACAGACAGUCGGGAGGACGUCCAGGCGCAGCGGCGCCUGCAGUCUUCACUGGCGUGAAGCACGCCGUGUCUAUCCAGCCGCCAAAGAAGGUCAUCAGAGCGACGCGAGACUACAGGUCGAGGGCACCGCAAGAGCUUAGCUUCUCAAAGGGAGACUUUUUCCAUGUCUUGUCCGAUGAAUCGGGAAAUCCAGAGUGGCUCGAAGCGACAAAUCCGGUUUCGAACGCUCGCGGUCUUGUACCAGCCACAUACUUUGACAUUCUCACAAAUGCCAGACCGCCUGGCGCCGGUGGAAGCGGAUCAAAUCUGAGCUCGCCUACACUGGGAGGUCCUGCGGGAUCCGUGAGAAGUACAGCCGCAGGUGCAGCCGUCACGGCCAAGGGUGGCGGCGGGUUGUAUGCGGUGGUCAAGUACGAUUUCUCUGCAGAACGUGCAGACGAGCUGGAAGCAAAGGCUGGCGAGCCAAUCAUCGUGAUUGCUCAGUCCAACUUUGAGUGGUUUGUUGCCAAACCUAUUGGCCGGCUAGGAGGCCCUGGGCUCAUCCCCGUAGCAUUCGUCGAGAUCAAAGAUUUGGCUACCGGCAAGAUUGUCGACAAUGUGCAAGAGUUGAUCGAGAGCGGGGUGGUGCCCAAGGUGGAGGAGUGGAAAAAGAUGACGGCGGACUACAAGAAGAAUACGAUUCCACUUGGCCGUUUCGACUUUGGAGGUAGUCCACCGGUCAGCAACUCCCCUUUCGGCUCAACAGACGUAGCGGUAUCAGGAGUUGCCAUGCCGCCAACCCCGCCUUCAAAGGAUGCGGAAUUAAGCUCGAGUGCGCAUUAUGGAGGCGUGCAACAGGGCGGCGACGUCGAGGGUGCUGUGGAGCUGCCUGCUGGCAUGUCACCUGGAGAACCCCUACCGGCAGGUUUGGUCACCUCUGCCACCGUGGACUCCUUCCACUUCGAGCAGGGCGACUAUUGGUUCCGCAUACAAGCUGCCCACGUCGCGCACGAUCCCCUCCCAGGUACAGAUCCUGAAAGUCGCAUUCCGCGUGCGCCUAAUGGAGAAGAGCGGGAUCUGAUCUUGUACAGGCUGUACGACGACUUUUACGAAUUUCAAAUUGCGCUGCUGGACCACUAUCCCGCCGAGGCGGGUAGGGAGACGAGAGCUGAUGGAACCCCCUCCGAACGGAUACUGCCGUUGAUGCCUGGCCCUUUGGAUGAAGUGGACGACCUCAUCACCAGUCAGAGGAGGGUCGACUUGGACGCCUACAUCGUCGAGUUGACCUCGCUGCCGGAUUACAUUUUAAAAUCCGAGCUUGUGCGUCUAUUCUUCGAACCGCGGCCGGGAGAUCACUGCACCACGCACCCAUUAGUUGCGGGCGCUGGUGUGGAAGGAGAGCUGGGAAAGGAAUACAGUUAUCUAUCAGGCGCCCUCAAUAAUCGCGCCAGCGUCGCGCAAGGUACUGGGGUCAGCAAUGGAACCAAGUGAGUGGUAGUCGAAACGAGGGCAGCGCAUCGCUAGAGCUGACAGCUGAAGAGCUUCCCCGGGCGCAGCAAAUAUGCGGAAGACAUGCCAGUUGGUAACCAUGUCGACGACAUGUCGAGGAGUGUCGGCAACCUCAGCAUUGGAGAGAAUGGGCAGCGGGUGUCGGGGAGAAGCAGCGAUCUGAGAAGCGACACCAAGUCUGCAGGCUCCCAUCUCAAUCCUCACGGCUCAAUGGCGAGAAAUCACUCUGCAGCGACGCUCGAAUCGCAGGGAUCGAAUGCAUCCGGAGCUUUGCGGCAUCAACCAAGUUUAGGAAAUCAGUCCAGCAUGUCAGCAGGAAGCUACAUCAAGAUCAAGAUCUUCAACAAGGCCAACGACGACUUGGUGGCUAUCCGCGUGCCACCAAACGUCACGUAUGCUUCAUUGCUCGACAAGGUCAAGGAGAGGCUGGGCAACGAGCUGGCGGCGCUGCGCUACAAGGACGCGCCACCAUCGGAGGGAGGCAGCGGUCACAAUGUUCGGCUCUAUGACGAUGACGACUUGAAGGAGUGGCUAGGCAGCGGAGCUAAGCUGACGCUGUAUGCAGACGUCAAGUGA